GGGGACAGUGAGCCCUGUGUUCGAGGUGGAGUGAGCACCCACAGUCCCGGUGGAGGACCCUGGAGCCACCCGAGCGACCGACACCUGGCACUGCACUCGGGGCUUCAGAGGAUGAAGAGUCCGUGUGGGAUGCUGCCGUACCACCGGGAGGCGCUGCGACGGUGUUCAGUGGCUUUGUGCAAAGACCUGGUCAUCGACGAGCUGGUUCAGCACUUGCUGUCAGACAGCAUCCUCACCGAAAGCAUGGCGGAGAGCAUCAUGGCCGACAAAACGUCGUUCCAGAGGAACAGGGCUCUGCUGUCCCUGCUGCCGAAGCGCGGGCCGCAAGCCUUCGAGAGCUUCUGCACCGCGCUGAGAGAGACGGAGCAGCAGCACCUGGAGAGCAUGCUGAGAGACCGCGCCGAGAGGCAGAGGGGCGCUAAGUGUGGGGACUUCCCUCUGCCCCUGCCCACACAGGAGGACACCAUGAAGGCCAAGAGAGCCAGGACACAAGAGACGAUGGAGUACUGCCUGGACGCAGACGGGCCCACUCACAUGGGGGUCUUGGCCUGCGCUGAGGACUUCUACUUCAAGCACUGCCAGCAGUCAUACAAGAUGACCUCUCGUCCCAGAGGGCUGGCGCUGGUCAUCAGCAACGUGGACUUCCAGCCCGUGACCCCUGACCUGGAGCCGCGGGCGGGCGGGGAGGUGGACGAGGAGACGCUGUCCCGGCUGUUCACCGAGCUGGGCUUCAGGGUGACCCUCCACCGGAACCAGACUGCGCAGGAGGUAAGGGCCAGUCUGGAGCAGUUCUCUCAGAGCUCGGAGCUGCGGGCGGUGGACUCCAGCGUGGUCUGUCUCCUCUCUCACGGCGUGGAGGGGGCAGUCUAUGGCACUGACGGGCAGCUGGUGGAGCUGGACUGGGUGUUGGAGUAUUUUGACAACGCUCACUGCCCCCAGCUCCAAAACAAGCCCAAAAUGUUCUUCAUACAGGCCUGCCGGGGAGAGGACACCGACAGCGGCGUCGACCAGUCCGACGGGCCGGAGCGCACCUCCUCCCCGGGCUGCGAGCAGGGAGACGCUGCCAAGGAGGUGGUGAAGGUCAAACUGCCCCAGAGGUCGGACAUGAUCUGCGGGUUCGCCUCCCUGAAAGGCACCGCAGCCAUGAGGAACACCAGGAGAGGCUCCUGGUUCAUCCAGGAGAUGAGCAGCGUCUUCAGACAGAGGGCCAGAGACAAGCACCUGGCCGACCUGCUGGUGGAGGUGAACGCUCGCAUCAAGCAGAGAGAAGGCUUCGCCCCAGGGACGCCAUUCCACCGCUCUCUAUGGGGAGUACAGGGAGCAGCUGAGCAGCUUCGCCCGGAGGGAGGCCACGCGCCUGCUGACGGAGGGGCAAUGGAGGAAGCACGCCGCCGCCCACAGGAGCGGCGCCACGGAGACGGCCCCCCCCGGCAGCCCGGCGGCCGCCAAGAAGCCCCGCCCCUACUCCAAGUGCCGAGACUGCCUGGCCCGGGUCCAGAGGUACAUCGUCACCAAGCUGGGCGAGGACUGGAUCUUCCUGGUGCUGCUCGGCCUCAUGAUGGCGCUGGUGAGCUGGGCCAUGGACUACGCCAGUGCCAAGAGCCUGCAGGCCUACAAGUGGAUGUACAAAGAGCUGAAGGGGAACGUACCGCUGCAGUACCUGGCCUGGGUCACCUAUCCUAUGGUGCUGAUCAUUUUCUCAUCUCUCUUCUGUCACCUGAUCGCACCGCAGGCUGUGGGCUCUGGUAUUCCGGAGCUGAAGACCAUACUGAGAGGGGUGGUGCUUAAAGAAUACCUCACUCUCAAGGCUUUCAUUGCCAAGGUGGUGGGACUGACAGCUGGACUGGGCAGCGGGAUGCCAGUCGGGA